UUUCUCUCUUAGUCAAACAACCGAGUGAUCCUCCAUCCGAUCCAACCUACACUUUGCAGCCAGGACAACUUCAGUGAGGUUGCGACGACUUUGAUAAUUGCGAUUACUUAGAGAAUCACGGUUGCAAGUUAACAAAGGGAAGGGAAAGCCAUAGAGAAGGAGAAUCGAAGUUUUACAGGAAGAUCUCGGGAGGGGCAACAUCUCUAUCUCUCAUGGCUAAGCCACCGGGUUGAUGUAUACUCAGUAUUCUCUCCUAGAAUCCUGGCGACAAAUGAUUUGAUUACUUCCCGUCAUGCAACCAGUCUGACCUUCUUUCCUCUUUUCCUUAGCUUUUCCUGUCUUGAGCCUUUGUCGUUCACAGCAUGGCCCCCCUAGCGCCUAUCUUCAAGAAAGCAUACCUUUCUCUUUUUCUUGGGCUUUCGUUUUACGCUUUAGCAUUGCUUGCCUUGACAAAUCCAUGGCUACAGAGACAUGUUAUGUACGUGCACAAGUUACAUCUGCCACAGGCCUGGGCAACAGACAUAGAUAAGCCAGAAAAGUUCGGCUUCGCUAAGAAUCAGGUAUCGCCAUUCAAUUUCACUACUGUGGAUGGAGAGACUAUCUAUGCUUGGCAUGUAAUGCCUCUGGGCCUUUAUGCUAAGCAUGAAUCCGAGAUAUUGAAGCAACCUUCGGGGUUCGUAGAUGAUAUAAGCCAUACGAAGGGGUUCGAACUGUUGAGAGAUGAUCCAAAUGCUCGACUUAUUAUCAAUUUUCACGGGACAUUUGGAAACGUGGCCCAGGGAGAACGAACAGCUUCAUAUCGGGCGAUGCCUGACGGAAGUACCUCAGAUAUUCAUAUUUUAGCCAUUGAUUAUCGUGGAUUUGGCCGCUCAACUGGUUCUCCUACCGAGGAAGGACUCAUCUUAGAUGGGAUUUCGGCAGUCGACUGGGCUAUGAACAUCGCAAAAAUUCCAUCGUCUCGAAUUGUGAUUCUAGGGCAGAGUUUGGGAACAGCAGUUGCUUGUGGCGUUAUAGAUCAUUUUGCCACGCAAAGAAUCGAAUUCGCAGGUGUUGUACUUGUCGCCGGAUUUACGGAUGUUUCAAACUUACUGACCAGCUACUCCAUCGCCGGCUGGAUACCAGUGCUGUCACCGUUGCGGCCAUACCCUGCGCUGCAAAAACUCUUCAUCAGCUAUGUGAACGACAAGUGGCCCUCCACCUCACGCCUCACGAAUUUUGUGAAAAUUAGCAAGCGGGUGCGAUUAUUUAUUAUUCAUGCUUUAGAUGAUUACGAGAUUCCGUGGUAUCACUCACAAGGGCUGUUUGCAGCGGCGGCAAAUGGUACCAUGGAAAGUGGGAUAGACAUGGACUUGUUGGAGAAGAUGAAAGCGCGGAAUACCGUUGAUAUGGGUGAUGGUGCUUUCAUUUCGACUUGGAAGACUGGGAAUGAUAAAAUCAUUCGACAAGAAAUAGUUGCACAUGGAGCUCAUAGUACGGUCCUCACCUACGCGCCUCUAUCCCUAGCAGUUUUUAAAGCAUUUGGUCUCGACAACGGAGGGGCGAUACCAUGACGAGCAACCCAGUAGUGAUAAAGGUACGGCCAAUGUACUAUUUAGGUGCCGUUGGAGCUCCAUGUAUACAUAGAUUUGCUGUAUAUAUUAGUAUAACAUAGAAGGUGUCAAGGGGGCAAACAAAUGAUUUUAAUUUCGAAAGAUGACGCUACAAUAAAGUGCUUUCAGUCCUCGCUUUGCCCAAUAGUUUAUUGCUCCCA